CAGUUCCAUGAAGGUACCGACAAAGACAACGCAACAACCGUUGUUGUUCAUUUGUGUUGAGUAGUCAUGGCGGACAAGGUGGUAGAUGGCGAGCAAGCUGACCCUAAGAACGUUCAAGAUCUCACCUUGUUUGUUCAAAAUUUAUUGCAGCAAAUGCAAGACAAAUUUGCUACUAUGUCAGAUCAAAUCCUUGUGAGAAUUGAUGAAAUGGGGAAAAGAGUUGAUGAGCUAGAAAAGAACAUUGGGGAUCUGAUGAAACAAGCAGAGCUGGAUGAACCUGAGAAAUAGCCACAAGAAGAAGUUUAUUAGUGACAAUUUGAUUCCUAUGGCAAGCAAUGAGGCAGAAAGACUAAGAUGUUGAUUCCAAUGACUGUCUUUUGGCUGGGAAACAUCCAUGUGGGAGUUUUUAUUUAUCUAUUAAGGUGCAGUGCAAGACUUUUAUUAAAUUGUCAAUUUAUAGGUUACCCUUUGUGAUUUUGUAUAGAUGUAUAGAUGUAUUGCAACUUUUUGCUUCAAA